GAUUAUCUUCAAAAACAAAGGCUGUAAUCCAAGCUUCUAUUCAGUUUUGUAAGAGCUAUGGCUAAGGACAUUGAGGUUGGUGGUGAGUUCCAGGCCAAGGACUACCAUGAUCCUCCACCCGCUCCAUUGGUCGACGCUCAGGAGUUAGCCAAGUGGUCUUUUUACAGGGCUGUCAUUGCUGAGUUCAUUGCCACUCUCCUCUUUCUCUACAUCACUGUCUUGACUGUGAUCGGUUACAAGACCCAGACCGACCCUGCUAAGGGCGGUGAAGAUUGUGGCGGCGUUGGCAUUCUCGGCAUUGCUUGGGCUUUUGGUGGCAUGAUCUUUAUCCUUGUUUACUGCACUGCCGGUAUCUCUGGGGGACACAUCAACCCAGCAGUGACCUUUGGACUUUUCUUGGCUAGGAAGGUGUCGUUGGUUCGAGCCAUAUUUUACAUGGGUGCUCAGUGUUUGGGAGCCAUAUGUGGGUGUGGGCUGGUCAAGGCCUUCCAAAACUCGUACUACAACCAGUAUGGAGGAGGAGCCAACAGCCUGGCUGAAGGAUACAGCACUGGAACUGGUUUGGCGGCUGAAAUCAUCGGCACCUUUGUCCUUGUCUACACUGUUUUCUCUGCAACUGAUCCCAAGAGGAAUGCAAGAGACUCCCAUAUCCCUGUCUUGGCACCACUUCCCAUUGGGUUUGCUGUGUUCAUGGUUCACUUAGCCACUAUUCCCAUCACCGGAACCGGUAUCAACCCGGCUCGUAGUUUGGGGGCUGCUGUUAUCUUCAACCAGGACAAGAUAUGGGAUGACCAUUGGAUAUUCUGGGUAGGACCUUUUAUUGGAGCUGCCAUUGCCGCAAUCUAUCACCAGUUUAUAUUGAGGGCAUCGGGUGCUAAAGCUCUGGGAUCCUUCAGGAGCAGCUCUGCCAUGUAAAAUAUGUUGAAGCAAGAAUUGUGCAGCCAUGAGUUCAAAGUAAAGGCUGGCAUGCUUGGAUGAAUGAAAUGAAGUUUUCUUCAGACCAUUGAAUUUGUAAAGAAUAAUCAAAGUGUAAUGCUUCUUCUCUAUGCAUGUGGCACUUAUUUUUAAUGUGCCUCAAACUUUGCUUUA